UGCGCAUGAGCUUUUAUUAAAACCGCUGGGAAUCACCACCAACUCUAUUCCUAGCACGAAUACAGGCACUGGACUAAGACAUUAUUAUUAUUAUUAUUAUUAUUAUUAUUAUUACAGACACCGUGUCUUUAUAAGAGUUAGUUCAUGAGUGGGCGUGGUCCGAGAGGAAAAGCGAAACUACAGUAAAAGUCAAACUUCCUGAUUGUCAAAAGUGGUGGUGUCUCAACAAAUGUCAAGCAAAGGCUGCAACAGUUAGGCUUGAAUGUAGGACCUGUCUGGACCACUGCAGGCUCCGCUGAUAAUCAGCCAUCACCAGACUGCAGUGUUACAGGUAUAUGGACAAUUAACACUGCAUCUUAGCACCUAGUCUGUCCUAAUGUAUUUGGAUGUUCUUCAGUCUGGUAUUUAACCAAAAAAAAGUGGAGGUUUGAAGCCUAUAUCAGAUGAUUGGAUGAGAGCAAUUGUAAAGCAUUAACAUGGGGAACAGCUUGUGCUGCCCGAAAUCAAACCCAUGUGACCACACGGUGGAUGAAACGCAGGGGCUGCUGAACUCACCUGAUUCAAAGGUUUCAGCCAGGCCACUAACUACUGAUGGCAUCAGCCAAGCACUGGAGGCUGAGGAGAGCAAAAAUGAAGCAGACUGCAGAGGACACAAACAAGAACAAGAUGUAAUCACCACACAACCAAUACCAGCUCCCAGGUCAGCUACGGAGCCUGUACAGAGUUCUUAUUGUUCUGUAAUCCAGAGUCUCCACACUGAAGUCUCCCUCGCUGCACAAGCUUGCCAAAGUGCCUCCCCUGUGUCAGAAGUGACAGAGGAACAAGUAGAUGCAGCUACAGCCACAGAAACAAAAAGGGAAGAUGAGCCUACAAAAGAGACCCACACUUUAGCCACUGAAAUCACUGACACAUUGGAAGUUAAAGCAUCAACAGAACUGGCUACAGCUGAAGUGAAUGAGGAAACAGACACUCAUAUAUCAGAAAUACAAGAAAAAGAGGAAAAAACAGGUGAGCCUAUGUUGGUAAUACAGGAUGCCACGGAAGAAGUUCCUUCUGAUAAGCUGCAUGAUACGCAGGUGGACAUGCAGAAGAUGGUUGCUGAAGAGGACACUGAGAAGAGGCCAGUGGAAGCUGAUAAAAAUGAGGAUUCUGCUGAGAUGAAUAGAAAGAAAGAAGUUGCUGAGGUUUAUAAAGAGAACAAAGAACUAGAAACACCUGUGGAAGUUUUACCUGUGAUGGAGGAGCCAGUAUUGAAUAACUCUAUAAUUAAUGAAGUUGAAGUAAAAGGACUCCUGACUCCUAUAGACAUAGGAGAGAACAGUGCAGAAACAUUACCAACAGAAAAUGCCAGUGCAGAACCUCUGGUAUCUUUAUCAGAGCCCUCCUGUGAGGUAGAAAUAACAGCAUUAGCAGUUGAAAAAUCAGUUGCUGAUGAAUUGCUGGAAAAUCAUGAGGAGCACGUUGUUUCCAACAUGGCUGCAAUGAACAAAGACAGCUUACCUCCUAAAACUCAGGAAACCUCAGAGCAGGAGUCCACUCCAACGGUGAAAAUUAGUGACGAAUCCACUGUGAACUAUAUAGAAAAUGGCCAAGAGGAUGAUUUGACUGGUGGUGAUUUGAAAGAUGAGAACCCAGCUGACGUGGAUGAAGAAGUACCUCAACUGAAUGAGAGAUUGGAGAAACCAUGUAAAGAACCUUUACAUGUUGAGAAUCAAGAGUUGGUGUGUGAACCCCCUGCCACCAGUAUGAGUGGCAGCCUUGCAGAGGAGGUGGAAGAACCUGAGUCCACAGAAACUGCAGAAGUCCAGAAGACAAUCACUGAGAUUAUCAAAAAUGAAGGAGAUGUUGGAGAGGAAGCUUUUCAGAAUGGUUUGCACACAUGUGCUCCUGUAGAGAAGCCUGAACCUACAGAGAAGCCUGACGACCAAGAUAUUGAAAAUGAGCCCCAACUCAUGGCCACUGGUCCAAGUGAAGCAUUCUCAUUGGAUCAUGUCCCCACAGAAGAAAUGGAGCCAGCACCUGAGGCGAGUGAGAAUGAGAAUGAGACAACAACAGGAGACGAAAAAGACAAUGCAGAAAGCAACCAGGCCCAAAAAGGAGAGAUUAUUUUCAGCAGUAGCCAUGACAUAAAAGUUGCACUGAUACCUGUGAGUGACAUAGAAAACAUCGCAGAGAAGGAGGCGGAGCACGAGGACAAUGAAGACCUCUACCGGGGAUAUGAUGAGAUUAAAGAAGAGCAGGCCAAAGAAACGAAGCCAAUCAUGGAGUUUACAAUCCCCGGAGUGGAGGAGAAGUGCAGCUUAGCGGAUCCUGUCGACAUUUUGGCCUACAGUGAGAGAGAGUGGAAGGGAAAUACAGCCAAGAGCAAUCUCAUCAGAAAGGGCUACUCUGAGAUAUCUUGCAGUUUUACUUUGCUGAGGAGAGUUAGAGGGGACAACUACUGCUCUCUGAGAGCUACACUAUAUCAGGUGCUGUCAUCAACAACACACACACCAACCUGGCUCCUGGAGGAAGGUUUCACAUCGUUGCCAGAGAUAAUUGAAGCUGAGGAGCACUUGAUAGGUAUGUGGGUGUUUCCUCCAAAGUGUAUAAUCGCUGGAGAGAAGGAGGAUGCUGUGGAGAAACUUAAACACUAUCUGGAGCUCCUGCAGAAAACAUGGCAGGAAGCAGCAGAGUCAGAGACACUGGAGAAAAAGCUGGACUUGUGUGAUCACGUAUUUCAGGGUGGAGAAGAAGAGUACGCUCUUCUGGAGGUGCUGAAGUUCCUCAUGCUGGUCAAAGCAGUGGAGCUUCAUAGAAAAAUGCAGGCAGAACAGGAAGUGCCUGUCUUCUGCUGGCUACUGUUCGCUCGUGACACGUCUUUAAACCCCAAAAUGUUCUUCAGCAAUCAUCUGAGCCAAGUUGGCUUCAGUGGCGGCCUGGAACAGGUGGAGAUGUUUCUGCUUGGUUAUGCCUUACAGCACACCAUUCAAGCCUUCCGCCUCUACAAGACGGACACAGAGGAAUUCGUGACACACUACCCUGACGACCACAAACACGAUUGGCCCUGUGUGUCUGUCGUCACAGAGGAUGACCGCCAUUACAAUGUCCCUGUGAGAAAACCAGCACAAUACAGAGAGUAACGUCUGUGGGUUCCACCCCUGGUUGGUCAUCGUCAGGAUUUCUGGAAGGUGAUUGGAGGAAGAAAACUAUGACAUCACCAUGCUCUGCCUUGACUUGAACAAUUAUUAAUAAAAUAUCUGGGAGCUCAUUGGCUAUUAACAGGAUUUCUGUGACCUGAUUGAAGGAACAGAGUUAAGGUGAAGGACUUUAAUUAGUAGAAAAGAAUAUUUGUGUUUAAAAUUUGCUUGCGUUUGGCUAAAGUUGUUAGCAGUUUGGCUAAAGUUAACAACGCUAACAGAAGCACUCAGGUUUUUUUUUGUGCAAUUCAUUGACUGAUUCAUUUAGAUUUUGUAUUUUACUGAGUUUAUAUUCAGUUCUUAAUUUAUACAGUUGCACUGUUUAAAAUGAAAUUACACAUAAUGGUUAGAAAAAUACCAUCCAGGUGUUUACUAUAAACUGUUUCAACAGUUGCUUGUGUGCAAGCGUGCACCACGUCGCUAACACUGAUACAAACUGACCUUAUAGACACAAGAGAAAAUUCAGCUUCAUGAACAGAUCCACAGAAAAGCCCUGAAACUUAAAAAGUUUUUUUGUGCUCUUCUUGAUUUAUAUUCUUGAUCAAAUUAUCAUAUUUGAUAUUAGGCCAAGAAAAUCUCUCUAUAUUUUUUUUUAAAAAUCCAGUCAAAUUUAGACAAAGGCCAGCUGAGAGUUCAUGGACAAUUAGCUAUACAUAGAGACAGGUGACAAAUUAAAAGAAAAGUUGCUCUGGUAUAAGGCAUGUUACUUGCAUUUGAUGGCUUUCACACUGGCAGUUUAGUCUGAAACAGAUCAUGGUUCGCGUGAUACAUUGGCAGUGUGAAAGCUGUCAUGUGAACGUGGAAGCGCAGCAUGGUACUGAACCUGCAGGAGGUGGUGUGAGUUCGAUUCUCAUGCACGUGUUACUGAUGAUGACAUUGUUAGUGAUGACAUUGUUAGUAGCAUGAGCAUAAGGGGAACAAUGUGGGACAGAGAAGAGGUGAGAUGCCUUACUGUACAAAAUAGCACCAAAAUAAUGAGUCACACUGUGUUAUCUGUGCAUAUUUGUGAUAUCAAUAAUGCCCCAGGGUUUGAUAGAAUAAAGUGAGUCUGAAACCAGACCAGCUCUGUGGGCAUCAGGAACAGUCCUACUCUGAUUCAGACCACAACCCAGUGUGAAAACCACCUCAGCUCCAUUUUUACUGAUAAUGUAGAACAUUAUUAAUGCUCAUGAAUGAAUAAUUCAGUUAGCAGUUUGAUUUCUUAAGUUAAAUCUUUCUAGAACCUUUUAUUUAACCUUCUGGUCACUAGCACAGAACGUUAACUGCUCAGUGACGACCUCGCCCGAAUAUUCAGCGGCUUGCAUUAUAGAAUCGUCUGCUUCUCUUCUUAUUUUUACUGUGAAAGAUGAAGUUAGUGGAAUGUGUUCCAUAGCUGUUUAGAUAACCAAUGAAACCUAACUGUUGUUGUGUCGCUACUUACGGCUGUUUUUUAAUUCUGUAUUUUGUUUUCAUGUAGUAAUGUAAUCAUUUUGUUGAGUUCGUCUCAAACUGCUGACAAAAUGUUUGUUAGUAUUACUAACUUCGUCAUGUCUAGCUUAUUAUAAUGUAAUUCGAUGUAAAAUGUUUAAAUGGUGCUGUAGAAAAUGACAGUCUUACAUUACAGACAAUUUUUUAGGCCAUGUUGUUCAUCAUCAGGCACAUUUUCUGCUUCAAGUAACUUAUUUAUGGUUAGCCUUAUUAGUCUGGUUCAGUACUGUGCAGAAAAUGGAAAGAAACUGGAAAGAAUCUGUGUCAAGUAGAUGUUUUUUGUGAUGUUGAAGCUUUUUUUUUGUGGAAAUAUUUUCUGAAUAUUGUUUACACUUUAAGUUAAUAUUUGAACAACUAACCAGAAAUGAAGAGAGCUUAGCCACUUAGUGACUCAGCAGACUUUUUAUUAAUAUCAUUUGUUCAUAUAGAUGAUGCAAAAUAAACAUGCAACUACUAACUGGC